GGGAGGCAGGACUUGUCUCAAUACAGGUGGGUAAUACAGGCGUGCUAGUACUGUAGCACCAGGUUAUUAUCGUGCUUGUGCAGCGUUUGAAAUAUUUUUCACAACGAGCUGCUGGUGGAGGGGAUGAUGUUGCAGACCAUGUCGAUGACCCUGAACCUUAAGCCAAGAUUCUGACUCCGCUGGAAGCUGGAAGGUGCAUCUCUACUCUUCAAGGAAGUCCUGUGAGCAGUUACACCGCCCAUCUUUUACACUCAUCUCACGAAUCAUGCAGACGGAUCCAGUGCUGGUGGAGUCGUUGGUGGUGUUCUCCAUUGUCCUUUGCGUGCAUGUGGCUGUGUGGAACCAGCUAUCCUGGUGCUGCAUCGCUUUGGCUGUCCAGGCCUUUUACGUCCAGCACAAAUGGGAUCGCCUCCUGCGAACAGGAGCAGCAGUCUUUCAGUUCCGCCCUUCAGCCAAUAGCGGCGUCUUACCUGCCAGCAUGAUUCUCCCGUUGAUCGGGCUCAUUUUGCGAGGUCGCUGUGUCGCUGUAGGGAAUGUCCUCUUUGAACGUUUCGCAAUGGUUAUCACAGUAACGGGGAUGAUGUUGGCACUGUUUUUGUCGCUCAUCGCACUGGGAGUCACACGACCGGUGCCGAGCAACACCUGUGUGAUUACGGGAAUUGCUGCCAGCGCCAUCCUCUACACAGUCAAACAGACGCUGCUGGUUUCGGAGGUGAUUGAAGUGCUGGAGGUGCUGCUAAUCUUUGUUUAUCUAAGUCUGAUCCUCCUCUAUCUCCUUCCUCGAUGCUUUACACCUGGAGAAGCCCUGCUCAUCCUGGGUGGCCUCAGCUUCAUGAUCAACCAGCUGAUCAAGCGCUCAUUGAGCAACAAUGUCGGAACCAACACGGACCCCCUCAAUUUCUUCCUUCCUGUAGCUGUGGCGGGACUGGUCUUGCUUGGCCUGGUUUUUGCCCUGCUGUUCCUCUUUAUGGAAUCAGAAACAUGGGCAGCGUCUGUGUUUUUCCACGUCAUGACAGCCGUACUUGGCUUGGGCUUGCUUGUUCCUUGGUUGUCCCUCCUCACUGGACACCAUCCAUUAAUCUGGAUUUUGGAAUUCCUUACUCAUAGCAGUACACGUCUUUGGUUGUUGGCAUACUGGACAUUCCUGGUUUUAGUCGCAGUAAUUGUGGUACUGCGUCAGAACAUCUGGCGCACAGAGGGCACCAAGAAAUACCAAGCUUCUACGGCUGUCCGAAAGUACUUCCACCUGCUUAUUGUGUUAACCUUCACCCCCGGGUUGGCACUCGAUCGCCCUCUACUGCACCUGGCAGCUGUUGUAUGUUUAGCGUUGUUCCUUUUCCUGGAAUUGGUGCGAGUUUUCCGGAUUCGCCCACUGGGCUCGCUGUUGCGCAGGUCGCUGGCUAUCUUUCUGGAUGAUAGGGACUCAGGGCCACUUAUCUUCACGCACAUCUACCUGCUUUUGGGAAUUUCCAUACCUGUGUGGAUCUCACAAGCACCAUGCAUGUCAAAAGGAGGAGCGGCAGUCGCAGGGGGACUGGCACCCUAUGCUGGCGUCUUAGCUGUAGGGAUUGGAGACACUGUGGCAUCAAUUUUUGGAAGCACAGCAGGUGAGAUCCGCUGGCCGGGCACCAAAAAGACUUUCGAGGGCACGGCGACCUCUGUGUUUGCACAGAUCAUCGCUGUGGCCAUAUUCCUGAUCGCAGAUGCCAGCGUAAACUUAAACGCCAGCUACUCAUGGGUGGUGGGAUCCAUCGCUAUGGUAGCCAUGCUGGAGGCAUACACUUUACAGAUUGAUAAUCUUCUGUUACCGCUGUAUUUGUAUGUCUUACUGAUGUUAUGAGCAUGCACACACACACGCACACACACACACAAUUCUAUACUUUACAGUAAUUACAUAAACAUUUUUAGAUAUAAAACACAAAUACAGUACAGGGUCCAAAGGUUUGCAACCACUCUCAAGAACUGUUUUUAUCUUCUAACUUAUGAAGAACAAAUUUCUUGUUUGUUUUUGUUUUUUUCUCAAGGUUUUACUAAUAACAUAUAUUUUAAUUGAACGAAUUCUGAAGACGAAGACAAAGGAUGAGAAACACAUGGUGGUUCACAGCAAGGUAAAUAAAUUUCACUGAAACACUGCACUAGGAGCUUAUAUGUGUGUUCAUUUGGCUAAAACUUGGAACUACACAACAGUUUGCUAGCUAAACCUUUUUCCUAUUUAGUUUAAUUUUUUUCCAGCAAAACAACUUGCUGUAUAACGUCGACAUUAUUUUAGAGUGCUUUCAGCUAUAAAUCGUAUUUGGUGUGGUUUUGAGGACACAGGAAUAACUCUGUGGCAUGGAACAAAAUAAUCCGGGUCCUGAUUAACACUAUGGUGGAUUCGGUACAGUGAAGUGAAUUCAAUGCUGAAUCAUGACUAAGAAUUAAUUUAAAAAAAACAAACAAACUGUGAAUUGUGGGUAGUGAGUGUUCAAGGUGUUGUAGAUCUGUUCGACUUGAUGUAUGCAGCACAAAAUGUUUUUGUUUGUUUAUUUAUUUAUUUAUUUAUUUAUUGACAUGUUUCUGCCCAAUUAAUUAUUAGUUUUGUUUUUUGUCUUAUUAACUAAUAAAUAUGAAAGGGGGGGGGUCGGUUUAAAAAUUAUGAAAUGUUUAUAGCGUCUUUACGAUGAGUCAUAAUGAACUAACUUGUCUUGGAUGUUCCAUAAAAUGAAAUGUAGCUACAAAUGGUUAAAAAGCAAGCUCUCACUCACUCACUCACUCACUCACUCACUCACUCACUCACUCACUCACAUCAGAGCUAUAUUAUAUCCCUAUAACAGCACGGCUUUGCACGUAAUUUCUUACUAAUUGCCUGGCUUUCAUCCUGUGGUGCACUAUAUUUCUACUACACAGUCAUUUUUAUUCUAACGUUUCAGUUCUUGUCAGACGAUUCAGACUUUUGGACCUUUCUGUAAAUGUACGAUAUCAAGAGUUAUUACGUGUCUUUUUAAAGCUUGGUAUGUUGAAAUGUUCAGGAUGGUGUGACCGUGGUCUUAUGCCCUUAACUCAUCUUUACACCAUGUUUUUUUUGGAGUGAAAGAUACAACAGAUGUAGUAUGCAGGCUAAUAGUGUUCUUCCAUAGUGAAUUAUUUAUUGUAAGUGCACAGCAAAGCCCUGAGCGGGGACGGUGUUAAGUAUGCUAGAAAUGUCAGAAGUCAUCUUUCACUUCAGGUUUCAUAUCCUUAACACAGUAUUCUCUUCUCCAAAAAUGACCUAACCCAAGAGCGUAUUUAACAAAAUAUUAGAUAGGUCUUGAAAUUCAGAUGUUCGAUUUGAAUUCUUACACAUUCAGUGUUAUAAAACUGAUCAUUUCUGUUCAGGAAACAAAGCUGGUAAUGGUUACGUUUGACAUAAAGUCUAAUCUUAUGACAUGAUUGUUAUGGCCCUUUACAUAUCACUAACCCUAACCCCCCCCCCCCCCCCACACACACACA